CAUUCUUUACCUCUUGUGUUUGCACAACAGCUACGUAGUGUUUUUCGAUUUUCAUUUCAUUUUGGACAUUUUCUCUACAUCACCACCAAGUUUAAUUAAAAGUAGCCAUUAAAGAAUUGUUUCAUCAAAAUGCCGUGCCAGAUUUACUUCGAGGACACCGUCGUAACGGAUAUCAACAAUGUCCAAGAUGUGGCGUCAUUGAAGUGCAAUAUUUCUCAAAAAUAUGCUAUUCCAAGUGAAGAUCUAUUCGUGACCAUCAAUGGGAAGGCUGCUUCAAGUGAUUCCACGUUAGAAAACAUCGAUAAUGUGGUCAGAGUGUUCACAAAACUCGUCGGAGGAAAAGGUGGUUUUGGGUCAAUGUUACGUGCCAUCGGGGCCCAAAUUGAGAAAACCACAAAUCGUGAAGCAUGCCGCGAUCUCUCAGGGCGUCGUUUGAGAGAUAUUAACGAAGAAAAACGUCUCAGGAAGUGGUUGGAAGGGCAGGAAGACAGAGAUCGAGAGGCGGCCGAGCGAAAGCAAAAAAAAAUAGAACGGCUCAUAGCCGAGCCUAAGAUUGACGUGAAUUUGCAUCCUAGUUACGAACGCGAGCGUCAGGAGUUGCCGGAGCGUGUAAGCGCGGCUUUAGAUGCUGGCUGGCAAGCGGCAGGGUCAUCAAACGAGACUGGCCAGAAAAGAAAGCUUGCAGAAGAAAAAACUAAGGCCAAAAAGAAGAAGCUAUGGAUAGACGCGGAGUUGUCGGACUGUUCUUCGUUAAGUGAAGACGAGGAAGAAGAGGAAAAGAAAAGCCCAGCACAGGCUGUGUCUACGGACAGUGGGAAUGAGUCGGAUAAGGUGUCGGAAAGUAGUAAAGUGUAAAGAUUACUGUGUAUCAGUGGUGGCGCGUCAAAAUAUUCAUAAGAGAUUUGGCUAUACUAAAAGUACUCAUCAUCUAGCUGAGAAUUAGGCAUGCUGGCACAGAAUAAAUAAUAGUACUAGGUACAGAAGACGCACUCUCUAACAAAACGCGUCUGUUACGAUCAGGACAGAUAUGGCCGCUAAGUGGCGACAGCGCCACGCGCGUCUUAUGUCUAGCAACCAAAAUUGGUGUGGAAUGGGUGUACUUUUAGCUACCUGUAGCAAAGUGACGAAAUUGCGGAGUGAGCCACGCCUGAUGCUGGUGUGAAUUGAGUUCUAUGGACAGUCUGCCACUUUUGUAUAUGGAUAUUUGUAACAUUUAAUUAAGUUGAUACAUAUUUAAGAUUCUGGCUAUUGGACUUCUUAUAAAGUUAAUGAUUAUCUUUAAAUAAAUUAGUGUAAGUCAAA